AUGGACCUUGCCGCCAUUGAGGUCUUCCAUUACCAGGACAAGGAGCUGUCUUCUGCCCUACUCCUUCAACUCAACAGCCUUCGGCGGGACCGAGUCUUCACCGAUGUGUUCCUGUGUUCAGACCAGUCCGAGAUCCCGUGCCACCGCAAUGUCCUGGUGUCCAGCAGCCCUUACUUCAGGGCCAUGUUCUGCAGCAACUAUGAAACCAACCAGACCAGGAUUCGCAUAACGGGGAUCACAUCUUCCAGUUUGAGCAGUAUCAUUGACUAUGUCUACACAGGACUGAUCAGCAUCACCAUGGAGAACGUGCUCCCUCUCAUGCAAGCCGCCUCCAUGCUGCAAUACGGCCGACUCUUCGAGGUAUGCUCGGCUUUCCUCCAAGAGCGGCUGAGCCCGGAGAACUGCCUGAGCAUGAUAAGACUCUCUGAGAUCCUGAGCUGCAACAGCCUGAAGAACAAGGCCAAGGCGAUGGCCAUGGAGAGCUUCUCGGACGUUUCGUCCUCUGAGGACUUGUGCGAGCUCUCCUUGCCCGAGCUGCUGGGGUAUCUGGAAGACGACACCCUAUGCGCGGACGAGGAGCAGGUCUUCGAGACGCUCGUCGCUUGGAUCCACCAUGACCCCCGGGCGAGGCGCGGGGCCAUCAGCGACCUUUUCAAGAAGGUGCGUCUCCGCUUCAUCCACCCGACCUACCUCUUCCAGUUCAUCGCCAACGACCCCCUGAUCCAGUCCUCCACCCUCUGCACCGAGAUCAUCGAGUCCGUUCGGCGCCUCAUGUUCUCCGUCAACUCAAAGUCGCCGAGCGACACUGCGGUCAACCUCAAACCCCUGUGGGUGGCGCCCCGGCGCUACACCUGCAGCGAGACACUGGUGGUGGUGGGCGGGAGGAAGAACAACGAGCAGACCUCCAGGGAGGCCUUGAUCUUCGACGAGAACAGCCAGACUUGGCAGUGGCUCGCCAAGCUGCCCCUGCGCCUGUACAAGGCGUCCUACGUCUGCCUCCACAGUGUCCUCUACGUCCUCGGGGGCCUGCCCACCACGGCCACCAACACCCCGCGCCAGGCCAGCUCCGCCGUCUACACGCUGUCGCUCAAGACCAACCAGUGGCGCACGGCCGAGCCCAUGCUGGCGCCACAUUUUGCCCACCAGAGCAUUUCCUUCCUCCACUUCAUCUUCGUCCUGGGCGGGCUCGGCUCGGACAGAUGUGUGUCUAACAGUGUGGAGAGGUACAACAGUAUGUUCAACCAAUGGGAGACCAUGUCACCGAUGCAGGCGGUGCUCCACCCAGCCGUCGCUGCAGCCGACCAGAGGAUCUACGUGUUUGGAGGAGAGGAAGCCAUGCAGAACCCUGUUAGGAUGAUACAGGUCUACCAUAUUUCCAGGAAUCUAUGGUUUAAGAUGGAAAACCGAACAGUGAAAAACAUCUCUGCACCCGCUGCCGUCAUUGAUGACAAGAUCUACAUCGUUGGAGGCUACACCAGGAGGGUGAUGGCCUACGACACCAAGACCAACCGCUUCACCAAUUGUGCCAACCUGAAGGAGCGGCGGAUGCAUCACGCGGUCACCGUCCUCAACCACAAACUCUACAUCACCGGGGGCCGCUACGUCACCGGGCAUGACCUCAUCGAGGACUCAGACAGCGUUGAGUGCUACGACCCGGCGACGGACAGCUGGACCUCCAAGGGCACGCUGCCCUACAAGCUGUUCGACCACGGCUCCAUGGCUCUGACUUGUGUGACGCAGACGCUGGCAAAGUCCUAGCAUGUAUAAGGUGUUGUUAUGGCUGGUGUCGCCAUUUUGUAGGGUGGAGCUGGUUCAUUGUCCGAUGAAUAACAGACCGUUUUUUUUUUUGCUGAUGAAAUGUUUAUUGUGGGAGUUUUGCAUUGAGGGAAGUUUUGAUUUUUUUAGUGUCUAGGUGUGCUGAUUGUAUACUCUCAUGGGAUUUUUCUUUUAUAAGAUGAUAUAAUAAUACCUUUGCAAAGAACCAAAACCUUGUGAAUAACACUGCCUGUCAGACUGCCGAAAUGAACUCCAGCGAGUUUAAAGUCCUGCUUUUUCAGUUUUCUGUUUCCAACGUACUCCACGGUGUGUGCUCUUACUUGUCCGGUUUAGAUUCCAGGACAGUGUUU